CCCAAAUUUCAGUCGUUUUUGUUUUAUUGAUUUGACUAGAACAGAAUGGUUGCUGUCUCGUCGAUUGCGCGGAUUGUGCUCUACGCUGUGGCCUUUCUCCUCUCCAUCAUCGUGCUCGCAAGCAUCGACCUUGCCUACAACGCAUGGGACCUGCCCAGGGACAUCGGAUGCCCGCUCAAGCUGACGGCGACUGGCGGCGAGCGCGAAGCCUGCGACUAUGCGCUGGCCAUUGGCGCCAUCUACUUGGUCGUCUCGGCCGUGUUCUUGAUCGCCGGCAUUGUCUUUGCCGUGAAGGGCUCGACCAUGCGCAUCCUCCAGAUGAUUGAGCUGGGUCUGUCAGCCAUUGCUGUUGUGCUCUGGCUCGCUGCUGCCGCUCUCAUCACCGACGGCACCAAGACGCUCUGCGACAACUUUGACUGCGACAGCGAGGUUGAUGUUUCUGGCACGACCAUCUCGUCCCAAUCAACCAAGAUGCAUACCGCAGAGGGUGCCGCCUGGGUCGCCCUGAUUGUCUGGAUUGCGUUGACUGUUCUCAACGCUCUGCAGCUCCGUGGUGGCGCCAAAGCCUCCGCUGCUGCUGUCUAAAGCCUGGCUGCGACCGUCGGCCCUGAAUCGAGAGCACCCAAGCCCCCAUUCGUCGAGCUUGGGCGAGCUUGCUUUCUCGAUCGUUUGUUACUUCAGACCCUUCCCCCGCUCCCAAAUCCUCGUUCAGGUUUUUUUUUUUUGAUGUUUUGUUUGACUGUGUGUUUUGAGACUGGAUUUUUCUGUUCGUGCGAUUUGUUGCUUUAUUGAAUGAAAUUUGAUUCCAAUUUU